CGACUCUACCUCAUCCCACUCAGGCUGGUGGUUGCUGCGAUCCACAAUCGAGCUCUGGUCCUUAGUCUCUCUUCUGUACCGCCCAUCAGGGGGGUUACACCGACUCUGUGGUCCUCUUCCUUCUUUGUUCGUGUCCACUGCACUGUCAUCAUCAUCUCGGCCACGCGAUGUCCGAAAGAAGACGAGGUGUGGCGUCAAAGCGACCCGCCUCUACGGAAGAAGUCGAAUGUUGGGCACACGCGGCGGCAUCGCUGCAGGCGCUUUCGAAGCUCUCUUUGGUUGCGAUGAAGGAAGAUACGGUAGGAAAGGUGAACCGGUUAUUUUUGGCAUGGCCGGCCGACGAAGAGCUUCCUACGGGUGGCAUCGACGAAGUCAACGAUCUUCACAAGAAGUUGAAAAAUGGUCUGGCAGAAAUCAAAGUAGAUGCGGAACGCGAGAUCAAGGCGCUCGACGAUGCAAUAGAAAGCAUAGGAGUGCUUAUAGCGCUUCGAACGGCCUCUGAAUCAAUACCGCCUGGCCCUGAAAAACGCGUUAAACGUCCACGAGGUCACUCACCUCCAGGGCCCACAGGCGUAUCCACUCCUAUGCUUGCAGCUGCAAAGAACGGUCGCGAUUCUGUUGGACCAACGAUUCCUUUCUCUCGCGACCCGAAGGCCCGAAGAGAGGCCCUAGCCAAACAGUUGCCACUCAAAGAGAACAGAAUGGUCGCUUUCCACCAACAUCCGAAAGGCAACGGAAAUGAUCCUAAUACUAAUUCCGAGUCGCAAGAUGAGACAUCGUGGAUCCUGGCCAAGAUAACAAAAUGUAUCGGUCAAGACAAAAAUCGAUAUAUCGUCGAGGACGUUGAUGCCGAUGUCGAUGGAAAGGCGAUGACCUGGCAUACGACGCUCAGAAAUAUCAUUCCCCUUCCCGAUCUCAAUGCGCCUCCGGAUAGCCCUACACACCUGAACGCUUACCAAGAGUUUCCCCCUGGCUCGACCGUUAUGGCCCUCUACCCUGAUACCUCAUGUUUCUAUCGAGCUCAAGUCAUUGCCUCUCCCAAAGAGGUAAACCCGGGCGGACGCGGCGCUUCUGCGACGAAGUCAAAAGUUGGAAAGGUAUACAAGCUCAAAUUCGAAGACGAUAACGAUCAAGAACACACAGUAUAUGCUGAAUGGGUUGUCGAGUACCCUGGCACAUGACGUCGUGUUGUCAUGUUUGCGCUGCUGCCCCAUGGGCCUCGCAAACAAUCCAUUUUCGAAGAUAGCUUGGUUCAGAGACCCUUAUUUAUCGCCAAAUCUUUGAAUUGAUUAUUAUUACAGAUGAUCUAUCG